AUGGUCGCUACUCCGAUGGGCGUCUCCUUCUCCGGUAGCGAUGGUGACCAUUGCAGCGGUUUCCCUCGGCGGCUGCCCUCGGUGGCUGAUCUGGUGGUCCUCCCUCCUCAGCUCGCUCAAGUGGCGGCUGAUUGGCGGUCGGACUCCCCUUCUCCCGGUGAGGUGACGCGGUUCCGGUUGAAGACUUCCUGGAGAUGCCGAGCUGUUGGAGGAUGGGAACCACCCGAAAUACCGAAAAGGACCACACCACGUAACGGAAAUUUUAAGGAAAAUCACCAGAUUUGGACAAUGGCCGGUGAAUUUUGUCCGAAAAACACCGUUCCUAUCAGAAGAACAACCGAAGAAGAUGUCUUAAGAGCAAGUUCGCUCGAAAAAUUCGGGCGAAAACAAAUUAGACCGCCCGUCCAAAGGGAGGCCAUAGGCGAUGGUCACGAGGUGAGCUAA